AUGGCUGAUUCUUGGAUCCGCAACAACCAUGAAACCCAGAGAGCAUACUGGUAUGGUCGAGGUGUGGUCUACGAAGGCUACGAGGCGGCCAUCGAGUUGACCAAGAAUGAGACGCUCUCGGAGUGGUACCGCUCCCAGAUUGAUGAUCUCGUCAUCGCACCCAACGGCACUAUUGUCAACUAUGACAUGACCCGGUACUCGCUCGACAACUACCGCAUUGCCCUGAACCUUCUUUACUGGUACCAGAAGACUGGUGAGGAAAAGUACAAGACCGGAGCCGACUUUAUCCGCGACAGACUCAACCAGCAUCCUCGCACCCCCACUGGAGGCUUCUGGCACCGGUCUCCUACCUACCCGGACCAGAUGUGGCUCGACGGCAUCUUCAUGGCCGAUUCUUUCUACGCUGUUUGGACCUCCCUCUUUGACGCUAAAAACACCACUGCCUGGAACGACAUUGUUUUGCAGUGGGACAAGAUUCAGGAGGUCACCAUUGAGAAGGAGACUGGUCUGCCCGUUCAUGGCUUUGACGAGAGCAAGACUGCUGUUUGGGCUGACCCCGAGACCGGAGCUUCCCCCAUCGUCUGGAGCCGAGCUGUUGGUUGGUACAUUUGGUCGCUCAUCGAGGUCCUCGACGUCUUCCCCAAGUCUCACCCCGGCUACAAGCGCCUUCGCACCUACUACAAGAAGCUUGCGACAGCUCUUGUUAAGGCUCAAGAUCCCGAGAGCCACGGUUGGUGGCUGGUCAUGAACAAGCAGUACGCCGGUGUCGAGGGUAACUACCUUGAGAGUUCUGCCUCUGCCAUGUUCACCUACGGACUCCUUGCUGGCCUUCGACGCGGAUAUUUGGAUGAGAGGACUUUCGCCAAGCCCGCUACCAGGGCCUACAACCAUCUGGUCAACGACUUUGUCACGGAGCAUGCCAACGGCACAAUUACGUGGGAGGGCACCGUCGAGGUCGGCUCCCUGAACAGCGAUGCCUCUUUCAAGUACUACACUGAGGUCCCCAUCGUCCCCGAUGACACCCGUGGUGUUGGACCCUUCAUGAUGGCUUUGUAUGAGUGGGAGCGACGCACCACCAAGGCCUAA